GAAUUACGUAAUCUCCCUUCUUCUCCUCCUCCCCAUGAUGAACCACACGAUCCUCCUCCUGGUCCCCCUCCUCAUGGACCACACUGUCCUCCCCCUCCUCAUGGACCACAUCACCACCAUCAUCCUCCCCAUCAUGGACCACUCUGUCCUUUUCCUCCUCAUGGACUAAAACACCACUAUCCUCCUCCCCAUUGUGGGCUGCACUGUCCUCCUCCCCCUCCUCAUGGACCACAUCACCACCCUCCUCCUCCCCAUGAUGGACCACAUCCUCCUGCCCAAGAGGAACCAGAUCAACCUCCUUCUGCUCCUCCCCCCCAUGAUGAACCACAUCAUCCUCCUCCAUCCCAAGAGGAAUUACAAAAUCUCCCUUCUUCUCCUCCUCCCCAUGAUGAACCACGCAAUCCUCCUCCUGCUUCUCCUCCUCAUGGACCACACUGUCCUCCCCCUCCUCAUGGACCACAUCACCACCAUCAUCCUCACCAUCACGGACCACACUGUCCUCCCCCUCCUUAUGGACCAAAACACCGCCAUCAUCCUCACCAUCAUGGUCCACACUGUCCAUUUCCUCCUCAUGGACCACGCUGUCCUCCCCCUCCUCCCCACUGUCCUCCCCCUCCUCAUGGACCCCACUGUCCUCCCCCUCCUCAUGGACCCCACUGUCCUCCCCCUCCUCAUGGACCCCACUGUCCUCCCCCUCCUCAUGGACCCCACUGUCCUCCCCCUCCUCAUGGACCCCACUGUCCUCCCCCUCCUCAUGGACCCCACUGUCCUCCCCCUCCUCAUGGACCCCACUGUCCUCCCCCUCCUCAUGGACCACAUCACCACCCUCCUCCUCCUCCCCAUGAUGGACCACAUCCUCCUGCCCAAGAGGAACCAGAUCAACCUCCUUCUGUGCCUCCUCCCCAUGAUGAACCACGUCAUCCUCCUCCUUCCCAACAGGAAUUACGUAAUCUCCCUUCUUCUCCUCCUCCCCAUGAUGAACCACACGAUCCUCCUCCUGGUCCCCCUCCUCAUGGACCACACUGUCCUCCCCCUCCUCAUGGACCACAUCACCACCAUCAUCCUCUCCAUCAUGGACCACACUGUCCUUUUCCUCCGCAUGGACUAAAACACCACUAUUCUCCUCCCCAUUGUGGGCCACACUGUCCUCCUCCCCCUCCUCAUGGACCACAUCACCACCCUCCUCCUCCCCAUUGUGGGCCACAUCACCCUCCUCCUCCAGGACACCCUCCUCAUCUCUGUCAUCACUGUCACAGACAUCACCACAAGACAAGCAAAUCAGGAAAGUACUUCCCAUGCCAAGUAACAGGAGCCGUCUAUCGCAUUCCAGUUCUAAAUCAGCAGGAUUCUCUCAUACCUCCCACCGCAAACUUUACUGAGCUAUCCCAAAGCAACACUCACUCCUCCAGCACUGGUGAAGGUUUUCCCUUCACAGGGUCAAGUCUAAAGGAGAUACCAGAAGCUCUGGGUUUUCCAGAUCACCCUACACAAUCAAAGUCAUGCCCAGGAAAACCCAAACUUGUUCUUCCAAAAAUUUUGCCUUUAUUUCCACAUAGCUCCAUGGCAUAA